GUGUAGUGAAUGAAAACAGAAAAGCAAGCAGGAAAAACUCUGGGCACCUUGGAGAUGAAGGAGUUUCACAUCUUCGGUCCGUCCGACCCGGCUCGGCUCGCCGGGUCCCAGAACCCGUCCAGAACCGUCAGCUUCCAUUUGCCUCACCUGGACUGUUCAGUCUGUGACGGGGAGGAACGGAGCGAGCUUUUAAAAUGAAAUGUCAGUGCUGUGUGUGCUGCAGGUGGCGGAGAUGCACGGCGAGCUGAUCGAGUUUAACGAGCGCCUGUACCGCUCGCUCAUGGCCAAGGACCACCUGAUCGUCCAGAUGAGGCAGGAGCUGAUCGACCUCCGAGGACCGGUCCCAGGAGAUUUAAGCCAGACGUCAGAUGAUCCCAACCUGUCAGAUUUUGAGACGGCUCAUCGGGCUCUCGUCAACGUGUGGAUCCCCUCCGUGUUCCUGCAGGGCAGAGCUGCCAACGCCUACCACGUCUACCAGGUUUACAUCCGCAUCCUGGACAACGAGUGGAACGUCUACAGACGCUACACCGAGUUCAGAGAGCUGCACAACCAGCUGAGGUCCCAGUUCCCACAGGUGGACACCUUCAGCUUUCCACCCAAGAAAGCCAUUGGGAACAAGGAUGCGAAGUUCGUGGAGGAGCGGAGGAAGCAGCUGCAGAGCUACCUGCGCACGGUGAUGAACAAGCUGAUCCAGGCGCUGCCAGAGUUCACCGCCCGGCCCACCAAAGAGACGCUUCUGGCUCUGCUGCCGUUCUGCCAAGACGCCCCCCAGGGGAACGAAGGCGGCUCCAAGACGCCCCGGUCCAGAACCUCGUCCCGCUUCCCCCGACUGGGCCGCAGCUGCACGCAGGACGCUCGACCCGAGCCGCAGAGCGGCGACCUUUGACCCCGGGACGGCACAGACUCUGAGGACAUUCAGGGGCCGCUGUGGAGAUUUACUUAAACUGGUGACGCUUCGGCCCGUAAGACGGGACGGAACCGGCCGACCCAAACAUCCAGAACCGGUUCCGGCGCUCAGACAGGAAGUGGACCGGUCCGAUCCUCAGAUCAAACCGGUUCUGGGACUUUUUACUCACUUUUGUAGUUAAAGUCUUCUCAGUGCCUACCAUGUUUUGUAGCUUCUCUCCUGGACCUGGGGGAGGUCAGAGGUCAUGGGUCAUCAGCUGUCUCAGUGCCACCAUUAACCCAGACUGGACCUCACACUGCUGGCAUUCCUCCUCCCUGCCUUUGUUAUUAUUGUUGUCGUUGCUUUUAUCAACGUGCUGGAUCGUGUCGUCACCGUGGUGACGUCGCCACGGUGACUCGUUUUGUUUUCUACGAUGGCAGAGGAGGAUUCUGGGAAGCAGGAGGAUCAGAUGAACGUGAGCGAAGCGACACCAUGAAUAAUCUGUAAUUUGGUGCGUUGGCUCAGAUUAGGCCUUCCUUGAUGGCAUCAUGUUGCUACGGCGCUGAGAUUAUUAAAGCCAAAACUGAAAAGGAAAAACUGAGCCACAGUCAUUUCAGCGUUUGGGUUCAAAACUCCUUCAGUUGUUCUGAAAACAUAAAGCUCUUAACUUUAACCUUUGUUGGGUUAAAAUGUUGAACCAGUUUUCUCUGAUCCGUCAGCCCUGCUGUUCGUUCGCGGCUAAUAAACACCUGAAGUCGCACCUUCACCAAAAACCAAAAACAUUUUGUAGACGUAAACAAACGUAAACUGAUGGACGAUGGACUCUCCUCCUGUUGGGACCAUCUGGCUGUUUCUCAGCAGGCUGGACCGGGCCGUUCCAGAACCUUAAAGGAAACACAUUAUCCUUUUGAAUUUUACAUUUAAAUCAUCCAUUGUGGCCUAUUUAAAGCUGAACUUCAAAGUUUUGGUCAGAAUCCCUGGUUUUUGUAGCUCCUCAGGCUCCACUUUGACCCCUGACCUGACAGCAUCUCGUUUUGAUGCACUUCACGCCCCGCCUCCCUUACAGGUCGUAGAAAUUUCGACCAUUUUUGUAGUUUCAUAGCGGAAUACGAUAAUCUAACGGCCCAGAAACGAAUUAAAAGACGUGAACAGCAGCAGACUCCAGUCUGACAUGUUGGAGCCACAGCAUGAACAACCUCAGCUUGUAAACAAAGCCUCAACGUAGUUAGCACGUAGCUAUGCUAGCACGUAGCUAUGCUAGCACUUAGAACGUCACUCCAUGAAUUUGGUUCAAGUCUUCAGAUGAAUACAGAAAAAACAAUGAAAACUGUUUACAUAAUAAAACUGUUAUAAAAGCCAAGCACAGUUCUGCCCUGAAAGCGCUAACAGCUAGCACAAAGUGCUAACAUUAGCAGAAGCUACAAUGCUAUUGCUAGCAAAACUUUGGCCAGGAUGUCAUAUCAGUAAACAAAUUGUCUGAAAUAAAGUUUGUUGACAUUU